ACUCUGCCUAGGGCAUCUCCCCUCUCCCCUCUCCCCCUUCGCCAUUGGCGAUACGCGAAACUCAAUACUUACAGCUCUCAAUCUUCAUCCUCUCCACCAUUUCUCUCUAUUUUGUUAGGGUUACCGAGAAGAAGAUCCGCACCCGAAACGUACGAUUCGGCAUAUAAUUUAUGAGGAUUUAGUUCGAAUAUGGAAGACUCGAGGGUCGAUGUCAUACUUGAAUUUCUCAGGAGGAAUAAUUUUGCUAGGGCCGAGGCAGCAUUGCGAAGCGAGAUCGAUAACCGUCCUGAUUUGAACGGGUUUAUGCAAGGUCUUAACCUUGAAGAGGACUUGGGAGGGGAGUUAUUAGAAAAGGAGAAUAUGGCAAAACCUGGAGCAGCUGGCAACCAAGGAAGGAGUUUUCCAACAAGUGAUGAGGUUUCAAAGGAGGAGCAUAUUGUGAAAGAGAUAGAAUGUGGGACUGGAAGGAAUAGGUCUGAUAAUAAAUGGGAAAUUGAUUCCUUUGACGGAGAGCAAAAUAGUGAGCUGGUUGGAGCAAGGAAUAAGAAUUUUAUGUUCUCUAAUGGUUCAGAUGACAAUCUGCUUGAUUUGUAUACAUGGAGGUUCGAUCCAAAUAAUGGGUCUGUUGAUCAUUGCCAGGACGGUGAUGGUAUCAGAACAGAUGAUGUGAAGGAGUAUCAAAUUUCAUCUCAGUCAAAGAUUCAUCCAUCUGAGGCUGCUGAUACUGAAAGAACCCAUAGAAAAGUGGGAGAAGAAACAGAUUCUUCUGGGAACGGGGAAGUGUUGUGGCUUGGGCCUGUAAGUACUAGUAAAGUGAAUUUGGUGCCAAAGCAGCAGAGCAUGGAUAAACUCGUUGAGCCUAAGGAACUUAAUCGUCAACAUUCGAAUAAGGCUGCUGUGUCAAAAGAUGAUUUUGUAGAUAAUCCAUGGUCAGGAAAUGAUAACAUCACAUGGAAAGAUUGUUCUAUUAAAACAUUAUUCCCAUUCCCGGAAGGAGAUGCAUCAACCAGUUAUAGUACAAGCUUUGGUGUUGGUCAGAAAGAAGAUGGAAAGCGAAAAGCUGACAACAUCAGGGCAGCAAUUAAAGAGCAAGAAAAUGAGGUUGGGAGGGCUUUGUACUUUGCAAAAACUCAGGGAAGCAACGAGCCACAAGCUUUUGGUGGCUUAGGUCUUCCAGUUGCCUCGGAGAAUCAGAAGGAAGAACUACCUAGAUUGCCACCUGUUAAACUCAAGUCAGCUGACAAACUGUCAAGUAUGACUUGGGAUGAGAAGCACGAACAUGAUGGGACGGGACAAAUUAUUAGUGCUGACAAUGCUUAUCUUAUAGGAUCGUUUCUGGAUGUUCCUAUUGGUCAAGAAAUAAGCUCUUCAGGUUUAAAGAGGCCUGUAGGUGGUAGCUGGCGCUCCAUAAGUCAGGGGAUUACAGAAGAUACUUCCGAUCUUGUAUCUGGUUUUGCAACUAUUGGCGAUGGGUUGAGUGGAUCUGUUGAUUACCCUCAUGAGUAUUGGGACUCCGAUGAAUAUGAUGAUGAUGAUGAUGUUGGCUAUAUGAGGCAACCUAUUGAAGAUGAGACAUGGUUCCUGGCUCAUGAAAUCGACUACCCAAGCGAUAAUGAAAAGGGAACAGGUCAUGGGAACAGUCCAGAUCCACUAGGAAGUGUUCCAAACAAAACUGAAGACGACGAUCAGUCAUUUGCAGAAGAAGAUUCAUACUUAUCCGGUGACCAGUAUUUUCAUUCAAAGAACGUUGAUCCAGUUACCCGUUCUGAUGAUCCAAUAGGACUGUCAACAACAGACAUGUAUACGAGGACCAAUGAGCAUAAUAUGACUGUUCAAUAUGAUGGAGAACUGAUGGACGAAGAGGAGUUGAGUUUGAUGAGUGUAGAACCUGUGUGGCAGGGCUUUGUCUCACCAACAAAUGAGCUUGUUAUGUUUGGUGAAGGCAAAGUGCUAGCUGAGGGUGGAAGGCCCCAUAUAGCCGAGCUUUCUAUGGAUGAUGAUCAACAUGGCUCAGUUAGAUCAAUAGGUGUGGGAAUCAACACUGAUGUUGCUGAUUUUGGCAGCGAGAUGCGGGAGGGCUUGGUUGAAGGUAGCAGUGAGGGGGACAUAGAGUACUUGCAUGAUAAAGAUGGUAUUUCAACUCAUGAGCCUGAGAAGAAAUAUCUUGACAGGGCCAAGAAAGAGAAAAGGAGAACAGCCAUAUCUAAUUCUAAGCCUGUACAUGAUAGUGGAAGUGAAUUCAUUAUAACAAAAAAUGUGAAUGAUGGUGGAUUUUCUUUCCCCCCUCCUAGGGACGGGAAGGUGUCGACUGUUUCAAGUAAAUCUUUGUGGUCUAACAACAACAGUACUAUCAUAAGUGAUGGAGCUGAUAACCAUUUGCAUGCUUUGAUGGGAAAUGAUGACCCGCUUCCGACAUGGAGACAGAAAAACAAUGAUUCCUCACCUGGUAAAAGUUCAAGGGAAGAAGAUGAUGCUGAUGUUAUAGGUUCAGAAAAUUAUUGCCCUUCAAUGCCCUCAAACUAUGAUUUUGCUGAAAGGGCCCAUCUUAGGAAAGAGGAGGAUGAGAAAGUUGCUGAUCCAAGAGAAGAAGAUCCAGGGGUGUCACUGGAGGAUGAAGAGGCAGUUGCUGUCCAAGAGCAAGUGAAGCAGAUAAAGGCUCAGGAGGAAGAAUACGAAACCUUCAAUCUUAAAAUCGUGCACAGGAAAAACAGAACUGGCUUUGAGGAGGACAAGAAUUUCCAUGUUGUUUUAAAUUCCGUCAUCGCUGGUCGCUAUCAUGUGACUGAGUAUCUAGGAUCUGCUGCAUUCAGCAAAGCUAUUCAAGCACAUGACCUUCACACCGGCAUGGAUGUGUGUGUGAAAAUCAUUAAAAACAAUAAAGACUUUUUUGACCAGAGUCUUGAUGAGAUAAAGCUUCUAAAGUUUGUCAACAAGCACGAUCCUGGUGACAAAUACCAUCUUCUCAGACUGUACGAUUACUUCUAUUACCGAGAGCAUUUGUUAAUUGUAUGUGAACUUCUUAAGGCAAACUUAUAUGAAUUCCAUAAGUUCAAUAGAGAAUCUGGCGGGGAGGUUUAUUUCACGAUGCCAAGAUUGCAGUYGAUAACCAUCCAGUGCUUGGAAGYACUUCAGUUUUUGCAUGGUCUUGGGCUAAUACAUUGUGAUCUAAAGCCCGAGAAUAUUUUGGUGAAGAGCUACAGUAGAUGUGAAGUGAAGGUCAUUGAUCUUGGAAGUAGCUGUUUUGAAACAGACCAUCUUUGCUCUUAUGUGCAGUCCAKGUCCUAUCGUGCACCAGAGGUUAUUUUAGGACUUCCUUAUGAUAAGAAGAUUGACAUUUGGUCUCUUGGCUGCAUCUUGGCUGAACUUUGUACUGGAAAUGUUCUCUUCCAGAAUGAUUCUCCAGCUACGUUGCUUGCCCGGGUGAUUGGAAUUAUAAGUCCAAUUGAACAAGAUAUGCUUGCCAAGGGACGAGAUACACACAAAUACUUCACCAAAAACCACAUGCUUUAUGAACGCAACCAGGACACAAACAGACUGGAAUAUCUGAUUCCAAAGAAGACAUCAUUGAGGCAUCGUUUACCAAUGGGUGAUCAAGGAUUCAUUGAUUUUGUGUCUCAUCUGCUUGAAAUAAACCCAAAGAUGCGGCCAUCAGCUGCAGAAGCGUUGAAACACCCAUGGUUAUCAUACCCUUAUGAACCAAUUUCAUCUUGAAGUGCAAUGCAAUGCAAAUGGUGCUUGUUGAAAGAAGUUAAUUUACAUAUGGAUGUACCUGAAUGCACAGGAAAAGGUAAGAUGAUGGAUCUUGAAAUACCACGUGUGCGAAAUGCAUAGAAAGGAAGAAAGGUAUAUGUCCUGCGCUGUGGUGGGUUGCUGCUGAAGCUGUAUUUAUAUAUUUGCGUAACGGAAUUUGUAUUCGAUUUUGGUUUUGAUUUGUUGUGGUGGAAGGGAAAUCUUCAAUCUUUGUUGUACAUGACAGUGUGGUACUUUGAUUAGGUGAUUUAGUAGUAAUAGUUUUGUGAA